AUGGCAUCUCCUCCUAAUGCCAUCGUUUACGAUGCUGGUGCUAUGAGCAUGCUUGACAUGGCCUCCUGCGGUAUAUUUUUGAACGUGGCAUGCAUUCUUAUCACUGUAUUAAAUCUGAAUACGUGGUCAUAUUGGAUAUUUUCUAUGGGCACCUAUCCCGAAUAUGCCCUUCGUUAUAAUGCUACUUCUACUUGUUAA